AUCGCAUCUCAUCUCAUCCACAUCCUCGUGUGCACGCGUUCUCAGCGCAUCGCUCCGAUCCGUCCGCGACGAUCUUCGCCCGACGCGCCGUUAAGACGAGGACUUCAUCUCACGAGAGCGACACACCCAGCCUCGAACCCGGCGCCCCGUGGGACCGGCUUAUCAAGGACAGCCUGACAGCGCCCACCGCGUUUCACGAGUCAUACGUUGACGCCGCAGCGCUGUGCUCCCGGGCAAAUAGAAGCUUAUCAUGACGGAACCGAACAAACUGCAUAGCUCGUCGGGACAUAUGGCGCCGCACGGCAGCAUGCCCGACAGCCGCACGUACUUUGACUCGGGGGCGCAGCCCUCCCGUAAGCGCACGGCCGACAACGAGCGCCCGACCCCGAAGAAGAUGAAGGAGGAGCUGCCGAGCGUGCUCAUCCGUGAGAAGAAGCAGAAGGCGUGUGCAAACUGCCGCCGCGCCAAACUGAAGUGCAUGAUCGAGGAGGGCGACAAAGAAUGCGUCCGCUGCAUCACGCGCAAGGAGCGCUGCGUCUUCUUCCCGCGCGGCCAUGACGAAGACUAUCAGCAAACCAUCGCAAACGACCUGAACGCGAUUGCCGUGCAGACCCAGCACCUGACCCGUGCCGUGCACCAUCUUCUGCACCAUCUCAUGGCGCAGAAUGGCGUGCCGCCACUCGACCCGCCGCUGCCCACGUACGAGGCGCCGGAGCGCGACCUCGCCGUACUCCAGGGCUGGACUGCUGAGCGCAACCGCUCGUUGGGAAAGAAGCGGAAGGGCUCUAGCGACAGCUCUUUCGCGCAGUACGGCGCGCCGGGCUCCACGUUCAUGCGGCCGGCAGACAUGCACGUCGGGCUGUCGAUUACUCCAAACCCGCCCAAUGGCCAGCACAGCGACCCCGUCCGAAAUGGCCUUCCCGGCGCCAACUCCCUCCAAACGCCGCAGAACGGCGCCAUGGCCGUUCUUGGUGGCCUCGUCUCAUUUGACACCUCGAGCACAUCGAACGAGGCGUCCAUCUCGCCCGUCGACACGGCGAGCUUUGUAACUCAACCGCAGUCGCAGGGCAGUGUGCCCAGCCAGACGAUGGGCACGCCGUCGCUGGCGGGCGGCGCUUUCGGUCUGCUCAGCGCGUCCCGCCCCAGCGUGUCGCCGGACGAUGUGGUCACGCCCACUCUUCCCGCGGACUACGACCAGUUCGGCUCGUCUGAUCCCCGUCCCAACAUCGUCAAGCGUGGUGUAAUCAGCAACGACGACGCGACGAUUCUUGUCAACUUUUUCCACUCCAAGCUCGUGCGCUGGCUAUUCGGGUACCGCCUCGAAUUCGGCAAGUUCCCGUACAUCCCCAACGGGCCAUGCGUGAUGACGCCGUUCAUCCUGAGCGUGCUGUGCUUCAUCAGCUCGGAGCGCAUCCCGGCCAUGCACGAGUUGCAGCACACGCUGCGUUCGCAGGUCAACCAGCUGCUGCUGAACUCGCCCGCGGACAGCUUCAUCAGCACGUUCGACGUGCAGCUCAAUGGGAGUGGGGGCACGCGUGACGAGGGGGACGGGGAGGACGAGCUGGAUCCCGAGCUGGGCAUUGGGCCGGAGGAGAUCGUGGGCGCGUGCGUGCUCGCGAUGUUCACGGUGGACCGGGACAGCGCGAGCGCGAUCGCAGCCAACGCGUUCCGGUGGGCGCGCGGCUGGAUCCGGUGGACGAGCUUGACGAUCCCGCUGCCCCCGACGCUGGGCGAGGUGUGCGGCCUGCUCCCCAUCAAACGCGACGCGACGCAGGAGGACAUGGCGCGCAUCUGGCUCCUGUGCUACAUCGUCGACGGGACCGAAGCGCUGCAGCGCGACAACCCGCCCGAGCUGCCGCGCGACCCCAUCCCCUACUGCCAGAUCCUGUUGCCCGACCCCAUGCCCGCCGGGAAGGAGAGCCCGCCGAACGACGUGCUCCUCGCGUUCCACGCGCGCCUCAUCACCCUCCUCCGCGACUGGUACCACCGGCGCGGGGGCGCCGAGACGACGCCCGGCGGCAUGGCGCGCCUCGCGGACAACACGAACGCGAACCUCGCGUGGUGGCGCACCGCACUCGACUCGUACGGCCUCGACGAGGUGUGGAUGCGCCACAUCAACCUGUUUUGGGAGUUUGCGCGCAUGCUCGUCAACCGCACGAGUGCGAAGAGCAUUGCCGACAAGCGCGCCGCGAUCGCGUCGUGGACGAUCGGCACGCAGGCCGCCAUCGGCUUCCUGGAGAAAUGCUCCAAGUGGCCCCAGCGCGACGAGCUGCCCCUCAUCCCCCCGUGCUACCUUAAUAUGACGUCGCUUGCGGGUACGGUGCUCGUGGACGCGAUCAAGGAGCAGAAGCACCACCGCGACGACAUGUGCGCCGUGGGCCCUGCUGAGGCCAUCCGUCUCUUCAAGAUGGUCGCUGACAUGCUCGACCAGGGCGGUGUGCCGGAGACCCAUCUAUCGCGCCAACACGCGCGGCAGCUGCGCGACUUGGCUGCACAGCUCAGCGCGAUGUAGCGCGAGGUGUGGGUAGGGGCCUGCUGUCUUGUCUUGAAUCGUUGUUGCGUUGUACUCGCCUCAGCCUGUCACCAGUCUCCGAUGUUCCACAACCUUGUACACCACAGCACUAUUUAUAGUGCGUAAUGCAGUGUUGUUGCUUUG